AGCUGCGACGUGAAGAAUCCUCCAGACAUCUCCGGACAGAUGUCCUUCAUUAAAGUCAGGGUGGUCAUGAAAGAGGCUCUUCCUCAGACCAGCGCGGCGGUGAUCGUGGGCGGCGUGAUCGGAGCCGUGAUCGGCAUCAUCAUCAUCGCUGUGGUCACCUACCUGAUCAUCAGACGGCAGGAGCCCAGUCACGACUACGAAGGCUGCACCUCGUUAGAGAGUGUGAGCUCGCAGAACACUAGGGUGGGGAAGAAAGCGGAGUCUAGCAACGACAACUCGCGCUGCUCCAGCCCCUCCGCCCCUGUACAGGGGCCGGUGAUUUACGCCCAGCUCGAUCACUCCGGCAGCAAGACCUCCUUCCACAAGAUAGAGCCGGUGGUGUACGCAGACAUCCGCAAGAACUAGAGCGCCGUGGCACGUGACCGGUCAGACGGGUGGGGAUUAUUUUUUGUACUGCACAUUCCAUGAUACCUGUCAUGCUGGUUUGAUUCUGUACUGCGGUUGCAAAUCCUGCGCUGUUUCUGAUUCAGACUGAAGCACUAUUGCAUCACAAGAUCAUGUUAACUGGAACACUGUGGAUGAGAGUGCCUUCAUCGACUAACACCUGUUACACACUUCCUGUGUUUUCUUCUUGUUUUAUUUGCCUUUUGUAUAUGAAAACAGACAUAUCUGUCUAAUUUUAUACAUGCAUAUAUAUAAAUAUAUCAAACUGAAUG